GAUCUCUCAUCACACACACGUCACACACAACACGACGGAGUUCUUCCUCUGGGUUGGAGUUGGACCAAUCGACCACCGACCAGUUCAGAUCAGAUCAGGCGGACUCUAGGACGUGUGUGGUACAUGGCUCCGGAGCCUCCGCGCGACCCGAACUACCCGAAGGCCGAAGAAGAGUGUGUCCAACUAUUUAGUGUAGUUUUUUUUUCGGGGGGACCAUUCUGAUCUGGUUGGUCCCGUGGUUCAGGAGAGGACGUCCCGCUCCGUACUUAGAUUCACAGUGCUUGAGUUUUUUUUUUCGUUGAAUCCUACAUUCAUCUAACAACUUCCGUGGGAGGAGAAAGAAGUGUGUGACACGGAGAAAUUGUGUGGUGGCCUUCUUCUAGUGUGUACGUCGGAACACGGGGACGGAUCAACCGAUAACCGAAGAGCGCGCGCUGUGGCAUCAUCAUAUGAGUGUGUGUCCGGGCUAGUUUCCUUGUUGGCCGUUCUUGGACGAGUUUUUUCCUUUUUUUUUUGGGGAAAACUUUUCAACUUCUAAGCCUAGGACUACUAUUACACCGCGCGCUGACGUUUAUUAAAAAAUUAGACAGUGAAGAAGAAACACACGCGGCUAGCACCAAGCUCUCUCGAGCAGUUCCUUCGGAAGUGUCCGGUGUUCCACGGAAGUGACUCGAAACUUUUUGGCAUCCGAAGAUGAAGGAUUAAUUCGCGAGUUUUAUGCCCAAAUCUACAGCGUGUGUGUUUUUCGUGGAAGCGGAAGCUCCAGCGCCACUAUGGCACUAACAGAGUAGGAGGCUACGGCCGUAAUUCAGAGACUUGUUCCCCGGCAACCACAAAUCUUCGAGUUUGCUUUGUUUUGUUAUACAAAAUCUUUUCAGUUUUUCCCUAAAUUAAAAAAAAAGUAACAAAACAAAACAAAAAAGUCGUCAAUGUAAAAUGCCAUAAAAAUUUGAAUUUUGAAUCUGGUUAAAAUAAAUACUAUAUUUGAGCAAAGUAAACAAAUCGAAAAUUGCAUGUUUAAGAGGCAAAACGGAAAACAAAACAACAAACGAAAAAAAAAACCAGCGGAAAGUUUAGAAUCAUCCAAUUUGUUUCGAGUGAGUGUCAUACUUCAUCAUUUCUACUACUACUACUACUACUACUGGAACAACAUCAGCGUACAGUUUGUUCAAAAUCGAACUAAAUCACUUACAUCAAGAUUUAGUUUGCUGAGAAAGAAAAAAGAUAAGAAAACGAAAAACACUGUGUUCCGAGUAAAAUUAAGAGGAGUGUAAUCUCCAGUCAAUCGAGAAAUGCAAUUUUUGUUCUUUUCGAGCAAAUCAAUCAUCCGAGCAAGUGCGUGAUUAAUAAACGAACAACAACAACUGCGAUCAUAUGCGACAGAAAUAAGUAAAAAAAAAGAAGAAGAAAGCUAUCGGGCAAAUGUGUUUGUUGCCGUUCAAGCGUCGAUUAGGUUAGCUCCGCCCACUGCGUUUUGGGAUUACGAGUGGACACUCCUCCUGAAGCUCCUCGAAAAAAAAACAGGAAAAGAUCCGCGAUCGGACUGAUUGAUUGACCGGAAGAGAAUAAAUGAACUAGUAAAAAAAAGAUCAGUGUUAUCAGUUCGUUUUUUUCGGAAGUGCGUGCGCGCGUGUGCGUGUGUCUGUGUGUGUGUGGGUGCGCGCACGUUAUUGCGUGUGAUGUAUUGUUCCGUUUUCGGCACUCUCGGUCAAACUGUCAAACGCCCGGCCAGCAAAGCAUCCACCGGACCGGGGUCCGUGCAGGUUUCGUUUUCACUUUAAAACGCACAGAUCAUCGGAACAAAAAACAGAAAAAAAAUCGAAAAAGCGGAAGUAACAUUCGUGUGAGAUGAGACAGGUUCAGUGACUCUUUUUUUUUUUUUGUCUUUGUUCGGCCCCGCAAGUGACCACUGUACUGUACUGAGAAUUGAAGUGAUCGCUUCGCAUGUAUUUUGCGAAGCGAACCAAAUUCAGUGCGUGCGUGCGUGCAAACGUUUCGCGAUCAUUCGCUUGCCAGUGCGGUGGUGUGACGGUUUUUGCCCGCUCGGAUCCUAUCCCCCCAGGAACUUCUUGGAACGUUGGAACUUGUUGCGUGUGUUGAUCGAGCCAUUGAAGAAGCAAAAAAGAAAAACAGCACCCGCACCACCGUUGGGGGGAAGUGAGCGUACUCCUGCUGUGCGUUGGGAUCAUCGCGUACGUCUCCACUCUAUUCCACAUCCCCCGGGCCACUCAGACCUCGACGAAUCCGUGCUAAUCCGGCGUGAGGGCGCGGUGUACGCGACGCGUUUUGCGUUUGCGUGAGUGCGUUUUUUUUUUGUUGUUGUUGUUGUGCGUUUGGCUGGUGCGUUUUAUUGUGCAGGUGCGCUCUAAGCCGGGUUCGUUUUGGACGGCUUACAGAAACAAUAUCCAAACGAACACACCCGAACCUUUAUGGAGUGCUGGACGGGUGACGCCCGCUUGGCGAGAUUUUGCGAUUAAGCAGCGUAAGCUGUCACCGACAUGGGCAGUGAGCAUUACUGCUUGAGGUGGAACAAUCAUCAAUCCAACCUGUUAGGGGUGUUUAGCCAAUUGCUGCAGGACGAGAGUCUGGUGGACGUAACACUAGCUUGCUCAGAGGGCAUCUCCAUCCGAGCCCACAAGGUUGUUCUAUCGGCCUGUUCCUCGUACUUCCAGACACUCUUUCUUGACCAUCCCGCGCGGCAUCCGAUCGUGAUCCUGAAGGACGUCCGCUUCGCCGAGCUCCGCACGCUGGUCGACUUCAUGUACAAGGGCGAAGUGAAUGUCGAAUAUUGCCAGCUGUCGGCGCUGCUCAAAACCGCCGAAUCGCUAAAGGUCAAAGGUCUGGCCGAGAUGACCAACCAGAACACCGCCCUGGCCGAACCAAAACGCGAACCGGAUCGUCUGAGGCCUCACAGCCAUAGCAGUGCCCACGCCACAGCCACCACCGCCGCCACCAGUUUGACUACCGCUUCCUCUCCUUCGUCAGCACUGGCAGCGACGACCGCCGGUAGUGCAACGGCCGUCUCACCGCAUCACCAUCAACAUCCGCAUCAUCACACCUCGUUAGAUUCGCCCACCAGCAAUGCUGCAACCGUGGCAGCAGUGGCUGCCUCCCUCGGCAUCACAGACCUGUCGACGAUAUCGAAAUCCCGUGGAUUGGACUCCGAUGGGCGAAGUCCUUCCCCAACCCGGUUGGAUCCUCCGUCGCCCACUCCUCUAGCGCUAUAUCCUCCCCUUAGGAAAAAUCGAGAUCACACUCAUACAUCUAGUGGUUCAGUAUCCUCUUCAGCAACUACGACCAUCACAACGGCAGCUGCAGAACGUUCCUCGGAGGAGCGGGAUCUUGCCGAUCACAAAAGACCCCUGUCGAAUAAUGGUAAUGCCUUUAGCAGUAGUCUAAACCUAAAUAGUCUGAGCAACACCGUCGAAGGGCUUAGCCAGAGCAGCAAUGCCGGAACGAACAAUGACAGUGGGAAACGGCGGACUAGAGAAGAGGACGAUGAUGAUGAUGACGAUGAGGAGGAUAACGAGGAGACUGGGAAUCAACUAUCGUACGAACCGGGAACUACCAACAGUGAACAGGACCAACAAAUGCACCAUUGCCCACGAUCAAGUGUCGAUGAGGACGGCCGACGCAGCUGUACUACCGUCAACAACAGCAACAAUAUGAAUACGUCGGACGAUGAGUACGAACCGCCAAUCAAGAUCAAGAGUGAAGCCGAAUUCUCCCCUCUCUCAGGACUGAAUAUGACUAUCAACUCGCCUGCGUGCCUAGCAAACUCGACCAGCGUCGGACUGGUGAACUCGUCCGCCGCCGGUCUUCUCGGUGAUCUAAGGCCUUCCUCGCGGGACAGUGGCGGUGGUCGUGGUGGUGGCACACCGGUGGCGUGCACUUCGACGACGUCGACGGUGAACAGUGCCGGAGGAGUGGGACUCGGUGGCGGUGGCAACGGAAGUGCCCUCGGACUGGAUCGAAGCUCACCACGAUCGCAGCGGGAUCGAAAUGAGCGAAGUACCUUCGGCAGUGGCGAUAUUCCAAGUCCCCUCUCGGAGCCCAUCGCUGGACCAUCCGGAAUGGGACCGGUGCAGCAGGUUCCUUUGUCCCUGAAGAAAGAGGCUGACUGGGACCGGGGGGACGACAAGUCGUCCGGUGACAGUUCCUUGGAUUUUCGGCACCCACACGAUUCGGAAGCAUCAGAACCGCACGCCGCCAGCGGUAGUGUCGUUGUCGGUGGCCUUUGUCCGAGUGUUCUCGGUGGGCCACCGCUGGGGCUCGGUAGUGGUGGCGGUGGUGGUGGCUGUGCCAGUGGACCGGAUCAGGUGCCCGGCGGUGGUCCUAGUUCGAUCUACCCAAUCUGUCCGUACUGUGGGGCCACGUUUCCACACCAGAGUAAACUGACCCGGCACAUACUGUCACAUUCGCUGGAAACACUGAAAUACCGCGAAACAGCCCACCUGAUACACCCGUCACAUCUGGCCAUUCUCCAGCAGCAACAUCACGAACUAACCCAACAGGCGCAACAUCAGCAGGCGGCAGCGGCUGCGGCGGCUGCUUCGUUGGUGCAGUCUCCGUCUCAGUCGCAACACUUCGCACCGCUCCGGACGGGGCCACCACUGGAUCAGCUGCUGGAACCACCGGACGGUGCCUCCCCGAUGGAGCUCGAAUUCGCAGCCGCCGUCGCAGCGCAGGCCGCUGCGGUUGCCUCCGGAAAUGCGGCCGCCGCCGAUCAAGGCAACGUGGUGCUGUGUAAGUUCUGUGGUAAAAGUUUCCCCGAUGUGUCUUCGCUCAUCACUCAUCUGCCGGUGCACACCGGAGACCGGCCGUUCAAGUGUGAGUUCUGCGGUAAGGCGUUCAAACUGAGGCACCACAUGAAGGAUCACUGUCGGGUGCACACAGGCGAGCGACCGUUUCGGUGUGGGAUGUGCGGUAAAACGUUUUCCCGCUCGACGAUCCUGAAGGCGCACGAAAAAACGCACUACCCCAAGUACGUGCGGAAGUUCCUGUCGCCAUCACCGAUCGACGGGAAGGAUGAAUCGCCCCAAUAGUGUGAAGAUCUGCACCUGCUGAACUUCCUCCUGCUCUACAACCUGCAGCAUCAUUGUGAUAUGUACGGCUUCACCUGAACGGCCUCCCCAAAACAUCCGCAACAAACACAAAACCAUGGGCGUCGGUUCACUUGAACCUCGCAGAAAUAGAGAUAAAGAUACCCAAACAUAAAUCAAGCAGGAUAACGGCAGCAGCAGCAGCAGAAGCAGUGGCAAUAUUGUGGGAAGCGACGCACAGGGAGGAGUCCCCGUACACUAAAGAAACUUUAAACUUACACAUACACACACUUGUAAUCUACCAUACGGGACAACAAAAGAAGCUAUUACGAAACUAAUAACCAGACAACCCCCUAAAAUACGCCCCUUACACGGAAGUGGCGGAAAUCCUCUCGCCCACCCCGACUCCUCAAAAGAUUGUUAGGAUGAACCACGCGAGUAAUGAAGCAAUAUAUAAAGAUUUAUUUUAUAUAAGCGAUAAUCUUUGAGGAAAGUUUAUACACAAAACCACACCACACACGUAUGUAAUUAAUAUUGGUGCUAUUUAUACCAAUAAAUUCUUAACAGGUAAGGCGCGAAAGAUAACGAACAAUACAAUAGACACAGGUUCGGGCUUACACACAAAGACGCAGAAGAAUAAUUUAAACAGAAACAAAAAUCGAUAGGAAAAAAAACAAACAAACAAAUAACACAACAUGAGAGGAUAUCAGCUGACUGAUGUGUGUGUGUUCCGUCAAUUCGAUGGACCCUUGACCCCUAGAUUGAUAGUAAGAUAACUCGGGCAAUUUGGCAGUGAAACUGACGAGAGCACUCUGUGAAAUAAGAAGAAAAAAAACACACAAAACGCGUGGUCGGAAAGCGGAAGGAACGGAAAGUGGAAACUACGGGAUCGAUCCCAGUUUUGGCAGUGGUUUGGGGGUUGUUUACGGGAUUCGGGCUGUUUCAUUACAUGAUUGAUUAGUAGAAACAUUUUUUUUUGCAGUGGAAGGCUUUCAAGUGAAAAUUGGUUACAAUCACCGUCGCGUACGAUUUUGUUCACUUCGAUGCAAGUUCGAAUGCAGGUGCCCGCAUGCUGGAAUAACAUAACCUUAAAAACAGAUAGAAGUGUCAAUUCCUUCUUGGUAAUGACGACUUUUCAGAAGAAUUUAAAAAAAAAAUACGAAGCCAAAACCGACCCACAACCAUGCCGAAUGAGAUCCCGGAAGUUUCCUUUCCGUCUUGGACGGAGCGCCUCGAGAAUCACAUAAACAUAAAUAAUUGAGAAAAGACAUCUGUGAUCUUAUUGAAUAUUAAUUAAUUGAGUUAGUUAUUAAUUAUUGUCUACCCAAGAAGCCGACUGCAGACUGCAGCAGUAAGUGAAGAAAAAAAAAGCAAACACAACCGGAAAACAAAAACCUGGAGACAACUGUGUGGUAGUCUCCUUGUAUGCGACCAGCAAUAGCAAAUCUUGUAAGAUUGUUUUUUUUUUUAGUGGACUCCAGAUAUUUCCUCACAACUUUUUCAUUUUUAUUUUGUCCAACGCGUGUGACCAUAACAACUUUCCCAAUUUGUACUCGCAUUAUUCAUCCUCUUUUAAGUGUUUUGAUUAACUGCUGUUGCACAGCAGCACCGCAGCAAAACCGGAAGCAUAGUUUUCUUUGUUAUCAUUUUAAGACAGAUUUUUCAUAUACUUUUAGUUUCAGUCAGCUGUAGUAGUUGAAGUAGAAGUUCAAUAUAUUUGUGUCACCUACUGAUGAAACAGAGGCAAAAAUCAUUGAAACAUCCAAGCGAUCAACGACCCCGACGGCAGACGGGUUUGAAUGAUUCGGUCGGUUAAAUUGUGAGAAGGCGAGAGAAGCAUUACGUUCCUUAUUAUCUUUAAAAUGUUUAGUUUUAGUGAUUGCAAAUUACCCUUUAGUAUGGUUAGUCGAGUAAGACUAACGACGACGACGGAAAGCGACGGAAGAAUACUAUUUAAAGGAAAAGAAAAUGUAAAUUUACUUUCGAGUAGCUGCUCCCAGAACUUUUAGAGAGGACGUAAAAGUUUAUUCAAACAAAAAUAUCAAAUAUUCGAAACAUGAUACUGUUCUUUCGAAAGUAAGCUGCAUAAACAAAGCAAGAAAAAAAGUAACAAUUUAGAUCUAAACAAAAAAAACAAAACUGCACUCCUGUAGUCAGCGUGCAAGAAAAGAUAGUAGAAAUUUAGGCGAAAUUAACUCUAGUUGCAUAUCAUAAGAAAAGUAAUCACAAUUACAAGAAAAAGAAAACACUCAUUCGAUUAUUUCCGCGCUGGACGGCAGCCAGAUAAUGUUCUAGUUCGGAUAUCAUCUGUAUAUUUUUUUGUUCGGUUAAGACUUUUUAGGCAAACAAACAAACAAGAAAAAACCCUCGUCCCCCUAGAAAGGUGGAGGAGAUUAUCAAAAUUGACUGUUUCGGCCUGCUCCCGUAGUCCCCCACUUGUAGACUGUUCGAAAGUCAUAUUUAGUAACGGAAACCAAAGUUCAAAAUUAUCGUUUCGGCCAAACCGUGUUGUGAUAUGGAGAAUGAAAAACAUGAAACAAAAAAGCCUAGUUCAAAUUUACGUUGUUAAGUUAAGGAGAUUGAUUCUUUUCUAGUAUUUGUUGAGUAAGAUUAGUUAAACAAAAAAAAAAAUUGGCGACUUUUUUAACACACAAAAACAUGCAUUGCAAAAAAAAACAUGGGAAAAACUGUCACGGGAAUGCUGAGUUUUUGAGCUAAAAAAAAGAUUAUUUCUGUUGCGUAACUAUUGGCUGUGAUUAAAAUGAACAAUUUACGUUUUAAACUUGAGUAAAGAAAGGAAAGCAAACACAUCAAAAAAAAAGUAAACGAAUAAUAUUAAGUAACUUAAUUAUAGGGCGCAUUGGCACGCACUUGUUUCGAACCUCGUGGAUCUCAAAAUUCGAUGUGAUUAUGUUUAGCUAUUUUAGUCACUCAACCGACAGCAAAUUAGAAAUUAUUUUUCGGCAAAUAUCGUACAAAAAAAAUUAUACUUUAGGCUUAAACAAAACAAAAAACAACAUUCAAAAUUUUUUCUUUCACCGUAAUUGAGUUAUUUAAUAUCGCGUCAUCAGGCGUCAUCGUUUCCCGGGUACGACAUUGCAUUUUGGUGUUAAAAAACGCAACCCCGCAACGCGCUGUUCUCCUCCACUUUAAAUCCAAAUGAAAAUUUAAAAACUAAACAAAAACAGACAAACCGCAGAAAUAUUUAGAAUGCAAAAAAAAAAAAGAAAUAAACAAAACAGCAAAAUUCUCAAUUUGGGUUCGCAGAGGAAAGAAGUGAAGGUAUAUUUCUAGCCGAACGGAAAAAAAGCAGUUUCGGUCGAACAUUUUCACUAAUACAUUCCAAAGUUUGAUAGGGUCUGCUCACAUACACAUACAUACACAAACACAAUUCAAACUAACUACCAUUUGACUUUUUUGAAAAAGGAGCAAAAAAUUAAAACAAAGAAAAAUGCUAAUUUUUGAUCGGGAAACUAGCAAACAAUUUGUGUUGAGGUCCUGAACAGGGGAACGAAUUUUUUGACGAGAAAUCAAACCGCGUAAAUUUUAGCUACAAAAAAGUACGCUUCUGGCAUAUUAAUUUACCAAUCUAAGUAAUUGAGGUAAAAAGUAACAAUCAACGGACGUAAAGAGCUACCUUGAGCAGUAAAGUACACGGCACAAUGCCGAAAUACUGUAUUCUAGUUUUGCUGGAUAAAUGAUAAGUUUUUUUUCUCAUGCUGCCAAAGCUCGUAAAUCUGGCGUCGUCUUCAUGUUGCGUGUUUCAUCGGAGUGUCCGGAAUAUCAUUGAAUGGUCGGACACAGCGUCGGCCCUCUGCCUUGGAGGGCAACUGUGCUACUGAGUGCGGUGAAUUUCCAGCAACUAUUCUACUACAACACAUAUCAUAUCCGGAAUAUUUUUUCUUAUCCACUUCCUAAACAUUUAAUUUAAACUUUAUACUUUUUUCUUUGUUGUUUCGCUGAGAUCCCGCUUUAUCAGAACUCAAUAUUCUUCAGUUGGACGUAGUUCUGGAUCAUUGAAUGGAUUAGUGCACACUUUCGGGAUAGUGGCAUAAAGCCAAAUGCCACAAACGGUAGAAGAAAGCAUUCAAUUUGGUAAAUUUAGGCAAAGAAAACGCCUGUUUUGACAAAAAAAUUCGGUUCCCACAGGUGCAGAUUGCUAACCAAAUGAGUUAUUUCGACAUUUUCGUCGUUUUGAAACAAAUUAUCAAACGAUGUAAUGCUUUGCUGUUCAUUGAGCCCAUGCUUUUCUAGAGGUUAUAUUCCUUGGCUCAAUCAAUCUGGGACAAGUAAGUAAAUGAUUUUCAAUGAGACUACUUUUGAACCAAUACAGGCAUUACAGCGGUCAAUAUAAUAUUCCAUAUACUUGCCAUAGGCCUCGGCCGAGAUGGCGUUCAGUACCUGCAGCGAAUUACUUUUUAAGUCCUCGAUUGAGUCAUGGCGCGUUCAUUGUUUCAUUUUUAUUAGCGACUUUAACCGUUUCUAGUCAUUCGCCGCAUCAUGGCGCGUUCAUCGGAGUGGAUAUUUUAGUUUUGGAGAUAGGAAAAGUCCCGGAGGGUGGGACAAAUCUGGCGGAUACGGUGACUCAGCGAUGAUUUUCGUUUCGUUUUUGGCAAAAAUUUCAGUCACAAUCAUGCUGGAAUCCAGUUCUUUCGGCACGAGCUUUGCCUCGACGCGUUUCAUACCCAACACAUUAACCAAAAUGAGCUGAGUCGAUCCAUAAGAGAUGCCAAAAUCCUCUUCUAUCUAAUGCUAACACCAUGAUUUUAAAGCACAAUUUCCCUCACUUUUUUGAUGUCCUCGUCGUUAACAGAGGUGAACAGAUGAGCAACAUGAGCCAUAUUUUCUACGAUCUCACGACGCUCAAAUACUUGCGUUCUCGAUACAUUGACUCCCCAAAUCAACGAUAAUCACAGUGCGAUAUUUAAGACAAGAGGCAUAGCGAUUCUUCCUCAGAGACUCGUCCCGUAUGUUAUCUUCGAAGCACAAAAACAAGCUCAAUUCUCUCAGUUUCUUCAAGCAUAAGUCUGAUGUAUGUUUCCAGCAUCGUCACGAAGCUGCUUGUCAAGAAGGAAUAUGUUCCCUUCGAAACGGUCAUUUCACAUGUAGUCGCACCUUCUGAAAAAAAAAUCUUUGUAUUUAAGAAUAGAGAAGUUGGAACUUUCUAUUUCGCCACUGGGUUACGACUCUGACAUUCGAAGAGACUUGGGCACAGCUCGUCAUUCGAAUCGUCGCUGCUUUGAUAUGGUGCUAUACUUUCUGGAAUAAAAGUUGUUCUGCACAAUAUGUUACUUGUACUGGAAAAUCAAUGGAAUUGCUUUUCGACUGGUAUGUGAUUCGUAGUGAUGCCAGUAGUCUUCGAUUCACACUGUCAUACAACCUUUCCCAAUCAGCAGAUCAUAACAAAUCUAUUAUAAAUUAAUUUUUUGUUCUGCUAAAAAAUACCAAAUUUAUAACUGAUUUUGUUACUAAAAUUGAUACCUGCUAUGAACUUGUUACUUUCUAAUCGUGUUUACAGCCAUCGCUUCAAAAUCAACCAACAAUUCUUCAGCUGAAUCGACAGCUGAUUAUUUCUCCUUUUUUCAAUUGCAAAUCAUUCAUCUAUCCUUUGUGUUCGCCUGUUUCUAGUUGUCGGGAUUGAAAAGUAAAAACUGAGCUAGUCACCCUCAAUCUGAUUAACGGCGUUUGGAUUUUUCGAUCGAAUGUGAUUCUAUCGAAUCCUUGGUACCUUCGAUUAUGCUAGCGUUAUUAGCAAUACAAAUAUUAUACGCUCGAAAAUUCAGUACACCAGAAUUGAUAUUAGGGAUGAACUUGCACCGGCGUGUGCAAAGUCUUAUGCACGUGCUCCGCGCUACUCAAUCAGGUUGCACUCUGGAAUACGUUCCCACAUAUACCAGAAUGGCCCAAAUUUUCAUUCGCCUUUCGUCUAAUUCGCCUAACAACAAACCAUCUUGGUAUAAAGCCUCAAACGCACGGCGUACGCUCUAAUUCGCUAUUUCGACGUCGUGGCAAGCAGUCGCCUUCAACCAGUAGUAGCAAACACAGACCUUCUGCUUGGUGGAAGGUUUAAUUUGGAUUGAAUUCUAGAACUGAAUUCAAAAACUGAAUUUUGGAACUGAAAUCAGAGCCUGGAUUUUGGAUUAAAUUGAAGGUUUAGAAUUUAGUUUCAGAAUCCAAGUUUAGAAUUUAAUAGAAGACAGGCUUAAAAGAUAAAACUGAGACUCUGGAACUGAAUCCUAAUUCCAUUUUUUUUUUUUGGAACUGGAUUCUUGACUUGAUUUUAGAACUGAAUUUAGUGCCUCAAUUUAAGUUCGGAAUUCGAAGCCAGAAUUCUGAUUCGGAAAUGCAACUUCAGAAUUCUGGGUAAAAAAUCCAGAUAUGAAUUCUAGAUCUGGAUUCUGGAACAAAACUUUAGAUUUGAACUUCUAAUCAGAAUUUUGGAACUGACUUCUGAACCAUAAUUUAAUUCCUAAAUUCAGUUUCAGAACCAAAUUCCAAAAUUCAGUUACAGAAUUCUUUUCCAGACAUCAGAACCUGCAUGCUUGAAUUGAAUUCGGAGCUUCGGUUCUGAAGCUGUGUUUUGGAACUAAAUUCAAUUCCCUAAUUCAAUUUUAGAAUCACGGUUCAGAGUUCAGUUCCAGAAUUUACGAAAUAAGUUCUCAGGUUCCGAAUUUAGUACUUAAUUUUCGUUCUAGUUCCUGAAUGUCCAGAAUUCAGGUUUUGGUGUAGGUGGCAAAAAGUACUUUCAUCGGAUAAAUUUUGCAAAUCGAUUCUUUUGAGAACCUUUAAAAUGUUUACAAAAUUAUUAGAAGUUUUCCUCAACUGAGUAUGUAAAUCUAUAAAAAAAAAUAGAAUAUGUUUGUCGUCAAUAAGUCAUACUUUCAUACACUGAGGUCUUUUUACGCGAUUUUUUAUCCGUUCUUCCAUGCGCUUUUCCACGCGGAUUUCCGAAGUCACGCGGUUUUUUUUUUUGCACGCAUACUUCCGAAGCAACGCGUUUUUUUCUAAGACAAAUGUCUAAAAAAAUUCAAUUACGGAAAUCUCAAAGUUCCCAAAGUCCGAUUUGUUUUCAAAAAUAUUUUUUUUUUAGAUUACACCAAAUCUGGACGUUUCAAGAUAUUUGGCGGUUUUUUAACGCGGAUUUCAGAAGUUACGAUGGACUUUACCUAGAAUCGUUUUUUCAAUCACACUAAACCAGUGGAUCCCAAAGUGGUCCGUACUGCCCACCUGUGCCUGAGAAAGGAUCAAAGCAUAUGAAUUCAUGACAAAUUUAUAUAGACAUGUAGAACAAUUUUCAAUAAAUGUUUUCUACAUCCCGUUCAAGCAGGACCAAGCAGAUGUCAAUAAUGAAUCAUUCAAUUCUUAUGAGAUUUAUAAGAGAGACAAAAAAAAAGUGAACAUUUCAAAACUUAAUGGAUGUUAUGAUCUGAUCAAAAGUUGGUCAAACAAGAUUUGAAUCAAGUCUGUAUUCCAAGUUCAAUUCAUACAGAGUAUAGAAAAAAUAUAAGCCAGGUUGGCGGUUUAACGCAUACGGCGCUGGUCUUGCAAGCCGGUUGUCAUAUGUUCGAGCCCCGACCUGGAAGGAUUCAUAGUGUCAGUAGGAUCGUAGUACUAGCCAUGCAAUGAUUCUGUACGGCUGCGAAGUCUGUUGAAACAGAAAGGCCAAAUUCCACCAAAGGAAUGUAAUGCCAAGACUUUGACUUGAUAGAAAAAAUAUUUACUCAAGCUUCCUUCUUAGCAAAUGCGAUUUCCCGGGCCUUUUGUUUGACUCUUUUUAGUAAGUUUCGUAAUACAUCGGUAGUAACUUCCCACACCAGAAGAUCCUACAGCUUGUCUGUUUGCCGUAGAUCGCAUCUCGCUGAUAACAGCCUAUCGCUUCUUCUUUAGUUUGCGCUUGGCAAUGUCCCAAUAUCUAAUGGACGUAACUCUGGCGUCGUGGAAGAGUUCAUGUCCUUGAGCAGAACGUUAUUCGUGGAAUAUCUGGAAGGAAAGAAAACCAGGCGCUCCGGUGCAAAACUAUUUUGGUUGAUGAUUCCGGUAGUGAUUUAAAUGUCACUCAUCAAGCCAUUGCUACAGAUGGUUCGCCAAACGUGAUAUUUUUUUAGCUCAAGGUUUUAGAAAUCCUCUGUUCCAGUAGCCGUUGAAUAUUCCUGUUCUGGGAGCUCUUUCAAAUCUGAAAGUCUUGAAGUUCAUCAGCUGCUUGCACGAUCGAAUGACUUGAUUUGCUUAUCGCACGGUUUAGAGUUACCACAUUCUUGUAAGUGGACAAUCCUGCUAGUUUGUUAAUUUGAUGCACGGUUGUACAAAACAUUCCCUGCUUGCUUGUGAAAUUUUUUAUGGAGAAUUUGGGGUUCCGCUUGAAAUAGAUGGCCACUCUUUUCGACAUUUUUGCCCCAUACGGCGUUCGAUUUAAAUCCUUCCCAAUUCAGUCUCCUUGGCGGGCGACAAACGUUCUCCAAACAUCCAUUUUAUUACAUUAGUAUCAGUUAGUUUCUGAUUCUGUACGCUAUGAAUCGGCGAUUCCACGAAAGAAAAGUAAUACCAAGAAUUUAUCCGUUACUUUUGCCAGCAUUUUCAAUUUCGACUACUUCGCGUGCGAGUAGUUUGCAUUUUCGCGAUGGGCGAGCAAAAUUUCGACACUCUGUUACUUUUGUUUCGAUGACAUUUUAACAACCGAGAAGCAAAUAGAAAAAUUAAACAGUCGGUGACAUAGUGUACUUUAUGUACGCAAGUCAACUUGCAAUUGCAACGCGAUCAAUUUAAUUAGAACAGAAAUUUUUGAGCUUCACAUGUGAACUUUUGAAGUUUAAACGUAAUAUGGGAUGUCGGAAGUUUACACAAUCUCCGCAUCUUGUCCAACAACAGGCUGAAGAUGGAGAUUUGCAGGAAUGUUGCGCUCAUUUAAAAUUCUAUCAGAAUGACUUUAUUUCGGGAUCAAAGUUAUUCAACGUUUGCACCAAGAAAUUUGCAAGUGAGGUGAUUUGCAAAUCUACAUUAUUGAGGUUGUUUUUUCCAGAUGUUGAAGAAUUAGUCGCAAAAACUAAUGGGUCGUACGAAACUGUCAGCUAUUUUUAUCUCAGUCCUAUACCAAAAUUUUAGAAAACUUAUCCCACACCUAGGAAAAAUAUAUAGGUUACAAAAAAGCAGACUGAAAAACUGACUGAAAACAUCGAAAUACGAAACCUGGCGAAAUCAAUUCUCAAAGACAGUUCUUUACUCGGAGCCUGCUCCGAUGCGGGAUAAUCGUUCGGCCAAUUGAACUACUCCAGGAGUGAUGAAACACAACUGAGUAGACUCCCCGAUAUAAAGAAACAUUUUUUUCAUUCGUAAUUCAAGUUAUCUAAAAAAACUAAAUUUUAAUUCAUCAAUUCAAAAUUUUUAAACUUAAUGGGUAGUAGAAAGACUAAUGUAUCCAAAGUGGGCAUUCGGCCUGCACUAAACAAAGAUGAACUUCAAGUUUAAAGAAAAUUCUGUCGAGAAAAAGGGAUCGGAAACGUUUUAAAUCGCAGUAGGCUCCAAUUUUUAAUAAUGUACCUAUGAAAGAUCCAAACUCAAAUUCUCUGUUUCUGGACACCAAAUGGUCUGAAUUUUCAAUUAAUAGCAAUUUAACUUAAAACUUAACCCAAUCCCGUUUUGAUCGCAACUGCUGUCAAAUAAAUGGAUUUGACAGCGUUCAGUGUUGGACCCGGCUUAGUUUUUGCUUCGAGUAGGGUUACCACCUCGGAUGCAUUCUUCGCCCUAGGAAAAAAAACUUCUCCAUGUGACUUUCCGGCGUAUCAAAUCAUACGCAUCUGAGUACUAGAGUAUAUCUAACUAUGGAUCUAAUUAUCGGAAGUUCAAUGAUGCGUGGGAUUUGCGCAUUAUUGUGUCGGAGUGAUCUGGUUCUUUGAUUAACAACAAAGUUUUAGUCGAGGAGUACUUAUUAGUGAACUUUUGGCUCCCGAAUGGUGAGAAGCUAAUCAAAAUUAAAUUUUGUUUUAGCCAUCUUUACUUAAAGUCUUUCUUUAGCAUCGUCUCUUUUUUAAUGAGAUGUAAUGAAUUUGAUAACUUAUACCUGAUUAGGCCUCUUUCAAAGUGUAUUCACAAUUUUAUUAACUUUAUUUGCACUAUAAAAUUUCUAUAUUGGAUCUCGUUGUGGUUGUUAUAUUUCAAAACUCUUUGGGACUUAACUGAAACAGCAAAAAAAUGAAGAUGAUUUUAUGCCACUUAUGAAACUAACGGAAAUUCUUUCAUGAUUUAUGUCCUAAAAUUUCACCAGCUGUUAGAGUUAUAGGUAAAGUAAAAUCCACUGAAAGACUCUGGCAAUAAUUCAUUCCUGAUUUGUACCAGUAUAAAAAGAGUUCUGGUGUAACAAACACACAAUUUUGACGGUACUUUUUCAGAUGAAAUUGAAUUGAAGAAGGUGAACGAGCUCGAAUCCUAUCUGCAGAAAUUAAAAACUAUUUCAUUUUUCGCUGUUCCAGUUCAUCAUCUAGAUUUUUCAAAUCUUUCUGUGAUUAUAAUUUUGCGCCAUCUUUCCGGCGAACGACCAAAAUUCGGUUAAAGCCGGGUAUAAAUAAACGAUAUAAAAAAAAAUUUUGCGCCAUAACGGGAUAAGAAUUUUAGAAAGUCGUCGGACUACAGCCAUAAUUCAAAGUGUGGCUAACACUUGUUUUUCCCAGAGAAAAAUAUUUUGCCCAGGUUGGUGUUUCAAUGCAGUGGGGACUGUUCUUCUCAUUCAGUUGUCGUAUGUUCGAGACCCGACCUGGAAGGAUUCUUAAUGUCGGCAGCGAAGUCUGUUGAAACAGCAGGGCAAAUUCCACAAAAGGAAUGUUGUAAUGACAUGGCUUUUUUCAAGACAUGUAUGAUUUUGCACAUACACUUGCUGAAUGGCCAUAUUCUGUUUUGUAAUACACGGCAAUUUCUCGUCAAAUAAUUCACGUACAACCUUUUUAGGGCCCGCACAUUACACAUCAAGUUGAUUACCAUUAUUUAACGAAAGUUCCACACAUUGAAACACACCGUUUUUUUUUUUCAAGUGAAGCAAAUCAAGAAGUAAAAUAUUUAAAUAUUAUUUACGAAGACAAACUAACAGAAACAUCCAGCAAGCAAAGCCAGCGAGCGAGCUAAGAACAGGAAAUAUUUCUAAAAUAUUUUGUUUACCAUAGCUGAAAGUUCCUUUUUGUUAAUUCUGUUGUUUAGUAUAAUUUUUAACUUAAAUUAUUAUUUUUUGCUUAUUUUUAUUGUGACCAGCAGACAGACGAAUGUGCUAACGAACUACCACUACUUGUUUUUUUUUACAUUUAAGCGAAACAGACGAAAGGCAUUGAAAACUAAUUUAGCAGAAGGCAGAUGAUUGAUUAGGAAGAUGGAAAGGCUAAAUGGUAAACAGCAACCAACACGCAUACAAACAAGUAAAUUCACGCAGUUACAAGGGAUAAACCAUCUCCGAAACAGGUGGAGAACGCAAGAAAAACAAGAAUAUAAAUAUAUUUAUUUUUCAUAUAUUUACAUAAUAAUUUCAGCAGAUUGAACGUUACAAGAAGGCAAAACAAAAAAAAACAAGUAAUAGAAACAAUAUUGAAUAGAACAGAACCAUACUCUGAACAGGCAUGCAGAAAUACAUAUACAUUUUUCUUAAAGUGUAACAGUUGAGCUACUGGAAGGUAUAUUAUUAAGAGAAAUUGAGAAUUUUGUUUAAUUCUGAACCAAACAGCACACCCUGAGGUUUGAGUAUAACAACAACAACAAAAAAAUGACAAACUGAAUCAUGCUUUAAGAUAUGAUUCCGUUUCAAUGUGAACCCAUAAGCUCGUGUGUAUAAAGUAAAUGAUGUAAUAAUAAUGAAAAAUCAAUUAUUAUACUAAUUCUAUAUACAUAAAGUAAGAAAUUAUUUUAGUACUAUUGUAAUAGUAAGUAUAUGCGCAAGAUAAACAAAAAAAAAACAAUUAUAGCAAUAAUUAUCACUUAAAAUAUCUUGCAAAUUAAAAAAAAAAAAAAAGAAAUACAAAAAGAAUUAAACCAUAGGAUUUAAACAUAAGAACAUAGAACAUAUUUAUAUGAAAAAAUAUACCUUUUAUACGAAAGCAUGAAAAACUGAAAAAAUAAACAUAUAACACAUAACAGUUACACACGCAUACAAAGGAAAAAUUAGUUCAUGCGAUUCUCACUUUGAAUACACGAACACACACGCAGAACCACGCACCGUCUACACACCCAUCAUCACGAGUAUCUCGUCCCGAGGGGCGAAACACGUUUUUUGGCACGUAGAACAUCAACAGAACCUGAAAUUUAACCUAUUUCUUCUCAGACCGACAAACGUAUCAACAACUGAAAUUUGCUAAAUAACAAAACUAUUUUUCUAUCGUGCGAAAUCCGGUCGCCGACACAACUCACACAGACACACACACAUACACCCAAACACACAACUCGCCACGUUCUAUCGCUAAAGCCGAAACGGACGGUUCCUCACAGCCGUUGCGAACGUUGCGCAAUGUAGAGUAGCAAACCCGACUACGUUAUACAACUCACACACAUACAUACACAAAAACAAAUUCGACUGAAAUCGAAACUUUAGCCUGGCGGAAAGGCACGGAAGUGCACACGGAAAAGUUUACUGCGCGUUUGACGCGAUUGCAAACGGAAAGUUUUCGAUUUUUAGUCAAUUUGUAGCUUAGAGUGCCUCUAAAUAAAAGAAAAAAAAAUGAAAAUAUAUAAAGUUGAAAUAGUUUUGAAACCAAUAUUAAUACAAGAAAAAAGGAAAAAAAAUGUAGAAAGCAGAACAAAAAAAACCAUAGAUCGUAAGAUUGAUCAUAUAACAAAACACACAAUAAAACGAGUCGAGCGAGGAAGAUAACGGUUCGGAAUAGAACACCCAUACAUGCAUACAUACACCUAGCAGAGAGAGAGAAAGAGGAGAGCCGGCUCUGCGCAGCAAUGCACACACGAGCACCACGUUCAGAAAAGCUCAUUAGUAGACAACCAACAAAAAAAAAAGAUAACUCACACAAUGUUAAGGCGACACGAAAAAAUAAAACCCAGAAAAUGCUUCAGCGUUCAUGGCAUCCUCUGACGGUUGCGAUUUUUUUUUUCUUUCUGACAUUCAGUGGCGGCUGCCGCGCGGCUGCGGACACACUUGCAAGUUGUCGCUUUUUCAGUUCGGUGUUAAAUUCGCAUAAGAUAAUACACAAUAAUCUGUGAUUUUGAUAAUAACAAAAUAAGAAGAAAAAAAAUUAAACAUUAAACAAAAGAUGUUUGGAAGUUUUUACGGAGAGAAAACAUUUUGAAAGUCUAAAUUCGAAAUUAUCCAAACAAUACGUAACGGUAAUUGUUUGGGAAACCAAUAACCAGUAUAAGUAAAUGGAAAAAGAAAAAGAAAACGAUUGGCUGUAACUUUUUAGGAACUGACACGCUUUAUUUGGCAUUUAUAUUUUCGGCAAACGAUACUAGUCAAAAUUCAAAAUUGUGUACCAAAAUUUUAGCUUUAUUGUUAUUAUCAUAAUUGAAUUCGGUUCAUUUUUUUUAUACAAAUUUGGCAUAUUGUAUAAGAAAAUUUAAAAAAAUAAACAAUACAUACUGAACGUUACGGAAAGUAAAGGUAAAAUUAUAUAAAGUCGAUAAAACAUAAGUUAAGAUUCUGCGUUUCAAACAAAACAUAAAAAAACUGAGUAAAAAUUUGUUCGAUUUUGGAUGGCAUACAUUAUAAGUGUAAAAGAUAUUUAAAGUAUAUAAAAUCUGAAUGGCGCUACGGCGAUGACUGCACAGUACACGAGUGAUUCCACAGAAUAAUAGGAGAAAACUAUAAAAUAGCGCGCACGCUGCAAAUGAGUCUAGCUAUUUAAAUACCAGUUUACGGAGAAAAAAAGAACAAGAAAUAAAACAAUUGGCUUAAACAAACAAAAAAUGACAACAAACAACCGUGUUUCUCGGGAAAAUAGGUACGCAUGGUGUCCGGCAUUCUUCGACCGAUAUAGUGAGGCUUUUUUGUACCUUUUUUCUUUGUUGACUCUAGGAAUAGCGUACAAGAGAAUACACCCCCAGUUUAUUUAUAAAAGAGUUUUCGUUUUCGUAAAAUAGAAUAAAGUUCUCGUAUUCAACCAAACAAGUGAGCAGUACCUUUCGAAUCAGUUUCAGUUGUUCUUUCAGUGAAAAGUACUACCAGUAUUUCGAAUCGCAACUACACCAACACUCACUCACUUACUCACACUCAAAUCACACAUACAUACAGCAUAGAACAAGGAAAUAUAAAAGGAAUAAAUAGCUCAGGGCAACUCAAAUUCUUCCAUAAUAUAUCAAUAGAGAAACAAGACAAAACAAAAACCAACACCUUAAACAGAACCGAACAAUUAAAACCAAACAAAACUACAAACACACAAGAUGGCGAAACUUCAAAUCAGCAAACAAAGGAAAAGCGAACGAAUUGCGAGAAUCCGCUUGAACUGUACAUUUUGUUCGGAACGAAGUAAAAUAGAAGAGAACAAAAAUCCAAUAGAGCAAUAAACUUAAUAAAUAUUUUUACCGAACCUCGAACCGGCUGCGAGCAAGCGGUUCAAGUUCACACAACCACAUACAACAAGCCGUUAAACCAGUGAUUAGUGCACUGUUUUCUUCUGAUUCGCUAGCCCCGAAUUGCUGAUAGUUUUGUUACUUGUUUUGAAAUACUCCAUCCACUAUCCCACUAACACACACAAACACACAUACAUACUCUCGAAUCAACAGCCUUAUGAAGGUUCACUGGUACAACUGGUCUAAGAACGCAAUAAAACAAUUCACCAUUGAUGUUAUCAAUUGAAGUACUAGCAGAAGAAGAAGAAGAAUCUACAGCGACAACAACAACUCAAAUAACCUCCAAUCCUUAGUUUUCGAGAUGAGAAUGAUGCAACAUCAAGUGUUCUUUCAUAUUAAACGGUUACAAUGAUAGCCGUUGAAAAUUACAAUGGGAAGAUGCAGACAGAUAUAUACUUGUUCAAAGACGAUAAUUGAUUAUUUGCAAUAGUUAUACCGAUAUACUGUGAGAACGCAACAGGAGAAAACAAACGUAAACAAUAGAACUGGUGAUUUUUUUUUACAUAUACAACAUUACAAUUGUUAAGAAGCAAACAAACAAUAGGCGUUAUAUAUUAAACAAAACUAAACGAAAACAAAAAAAAACUAACUCAAUCCUUAUUUGCACAGCGCGUACUACAAAUAUUACUAUAGUAACGAUGACAGGAAAUAAACGGAAAUAGGAAGCAAAGAGAGAGAGAGAGAAAAAAAAACUACACAAACAAACAAACAAUAGAUUUCAAACCGGAAUAGGUUCGUUUUUACAACAAUAGCUAAAGUAAAGUUAUAUAAAGAAAGAAAACCAAACAAUAAAACACUCAUCUCACGUUAGUAAAUCGUUUGAUUUUAGCAGCAUCGAAAAAACAAAGAAUAUAACGAAGAAAAUAAUGGAUAAAAAAAAUGUUCCACUCCCUUCGGAAAGAGUUGACAGCAACAGGGUUGUUCGAUAGUGCUACAUACAUACAUAGUUCUGAAGAGUGGUUAAAGCAGGUCUAACUGGAUCCUAGUUUUCAAGUGUGAAUUGACGUUUUAAACAGUUUUCAGUGCAGUUUAGUUCUUUGACUAGUUAAAAACAAUUGAUAAAACGACACAACCACACAAUAACUCUGCAAAGAACGUUUAAACUAUGUAAUUUUGAGAAUCCCUACAAGGGAGAGCUCUAUGAGUUUGUUCGACCUGUUGACUUUUUGAGUACCCCAAUCCUUCAACUGAUAACUGGAUAACUCUUCCAGUAUUUGGGUGGCCCUGAAAAGGGCCGUUUUGUUUGUAAGUGUUGGUAAUGACACAGUACAGACAUGUUCAAGAGAGCGAUAAAAAUUGAUCAUUUUUGAAAUUUGAAGUCUUGAUCUUUCAGAAAUUAUCUCAACACCCCAUAUACUUUUUCUAACUGUUGUAUCUGCUAGAUAAAUGUGAAAAUUGAGAAAAUCUUCCAAGAAACAAUCAUUGGUUGAUUAUCGCUUAUUUUUACAAUAAUGGUAUUGUUGUAUUAAUAUAUAAACAUUUUCGUUUUUCUUUUAAAUUCCACGUGAGUAAAUAAACUCGCGGUGGUGUAUCGAUCAUUGCAACUGCCUUCAACCGUGCACUGGUUUUACCGCGAGUUGGAGCUUCAUUAUCCCUCUCUCACAGCUACAGAUUAUUGUUGUGACGUUAUUUUAGGCAUCUUCACCAGACUAUUCCUGUGUUUAUGAUCAUUAUCCUCUUAAAGCACCGAAUCUCACACUUCACUUACCUUGCUUAUUAGCUCAGGCACGGAUACGUCGUAAAUCCCCCUCCAUUUGUUUGAUUCUCCUUGCUCACUGUGUUCCUUGUGUCAAUUAGAAAAAAGGAGGGUGGGUAAUGUCAGAGACAUAACUAGAUGUCGUGAAUACGAAAACAACUGACAUGUUCCUUAACACUUCCGAAUAUCAAUUAGUUGAUCAAUUGUAUGAAUUUGCAAGCAUUCCCCUUUUUCACAUUUUUCGCAAAAACAAAGAAGGCUUCACUUGAUCUCGAUAACUGUGAAUUUCACACAGCGAAAAGUGCAAAAAUUAAAUCAAACAGUUCUAGAUUUGCACUAAACUGAGAAUAUUUCUCUUCGAUUUGCGAGCAAGAAAUCCUAAUAGUUCUUUAGAAAACUUUUAGAGCCAUUAGAACGGCUGAUUUUGAGUAAUGUUCUCCAGCGUUGCUUUUUCACCAAUGCAAAUGACUGGUAGCUGUGACGUAAUCGUCGGAGGCGAAACUAGUUUUGCAAACGACACAAAAUACAUCUGCUCGCAGUGGCGAUAGAAUCCAAACUGAUCCAAUUUUUGUUGAGAGGCUUGUUUUUACCUGAUUUCGUUUGUAACUUUUUCACUAAUGGGUGGUUCUAACGGCUAUAAAAAUAGCCGCACACAGAAUUUUAAUGUCGAUUAUUUCAUUUCGGAUUUGCAUUUCAUUGAAAGAAACUAUCAGGAUGCUGUACGGGAUUCAUUCCUGCCUUUCAGAAGGAUCAAAUUGUGGAACUCACUACGAUAUUAAACACUGUUCCGAACAUUUUUCUCGAACGAUUUGUUGUACAGCAGCAGAUAUUUUUUCAUUUCCUCAGAACGCCUUCCGAUUAGCUGGUGUUGACAUGGGUCAAAUGAGACCGGUUUUCGAAAAAAUUUCGAUUCUAUUGGUAGUUAGAUUAUAUAAAUCCUUCCACAGAUCACUGAGCUAUAAGCUUUAAAAAUACGAGAAAGGCAAACGAGCCUUAUGAAUUAUCCUCUUUGAUACUCGUUUAUACCAAACAUUUCAGAAAAGUUCAAUUUUGAAUUAUUUGAGAUUAUGUCACACAACUGAACAUUUUAUCAUAAAAUUGUGAUCAUAUUUCCGAUGGCAUGUAGCAAAGAUUAUGUUGAUUCGUUUGAUACAACAAAAGAUAUUCACGAUCAAAAACUUAUCACUCUCUCAGAGGGUAAAUUUUGAAAAUACGUCCCAUAGUAAAGUUAGUCGUAUUCUUAACAAAAAAUCACAAAUUUGCACAGAAAGUAAUCAAUAAUUUAUGCUUGGGAUUUGUUGAUGUGAUAAUACGACUAUAUUAUUCUAUAUUAUAUACUUGGUCUUAAAAUUUUUCCCCAACUAUGAUUGUACAUUCCCAAUUGAUAAAACACACAUGAUGAAAAUCAAUUGAAGCCAAUCAGUGAAAAAAUGUAGUCAAGCCGAAUUAACCGUGCAUGCCCAGCAAGAAAAUGACAUAAUUCCUCCUGCGUUACUUUGACUCCGGCCGGAAUACAGUCAGAUUUUUUGCCGGCCGUCCGAGUUUUUCACAAGCGGGCUAAUACAAAAGUGACAGAGAAGGAUUUACUAUUUAAAACAUGUUCUAAUUUCGUGAAAAAAUUAUAGUUAUAAACGGCAUGAUCACCUAUGCUUUUUUAACUAUAAUUUCACUAACUCAUUGUGGAUUGUGAUUCUCGCGAUUUUAUAUCUUAUAAGAUGCACAUAAAUGGAGCGUCGUAUUUCACGCAAAUUUAUAUAAAAAAUAUAAAAUUGUGCGAUUUAAAAAAAAAACAUGGAACGUGCCACAGUCAGUGUUGGAAGAAAGUGUAUUUCAUUCUUCGUUAGUCAGAGAUAUAUCCGUCUCUUGCCAGCGAAACCUGACGGAGGGCUAAGGCGCAAAUAUAUACUCAUCAUAGUAUGCUUUGCCACCACCAAACAAUAGUCUCACGUUCUGCGGGUAUACUUUCGAACAGGGUUUCUACGUAGUCGAUGGGCAGACUCCGCCACAUUUCUUUAAUUUUGCGUUGCUACUGUUUUGAAUCGUGCACUGGUUUUCCCGCGAGUUCGAGCUUAACUAUCCUCCCUCACAUUUUCAAUCCGGUUGGCAUCCGGUGAUUGUAAGCUGCAGGUGACGUUGUUUGUCGUUUUUCUUCACUAGACUACUCCUGUGUUUUGGAUCAUUAUUCUUUUGAAGCAUCCAAUUUUUAUGGUUGCUCCAUAUUUUAUAUGAAUAGUUCAAACAACCAAAACUACAGUUGGAGAAGCACCUCCAAACAUCAGCUUGUAUCGGGUAUUUGAUUUUCGUUUUCUUCAGCCCACAAAUAUUUUACCUUCACCUCUCGAAAUAGUCGUUAAAUCGUGUCACCAGUGAGCCCAAAUAUGUGAACUCGUCAAUCACCUUGAUUGUAGAAAUUGGUGGUAGGAAAUAAAGUGUUUCAUCUUUAUAACCUUAUCCUCUCAUGUAUUUUGGUUUCGACGCUUUUUUUGCCAGCCUGAUGCGCCUAACUUCGACUUUCAGUCCGAUGUAUGUUUCCAUCAUCUUUUCAAAGUUAUGUGUCAUAAUAUCAAUGUCGUCAGCGAAACCAGAAAAUGUAUGGACUGGAUCGGAAGAUUGUACCAGUCCUCGCUCUUCAAAUCACAUUUUCCAAAGCUAUAUUAAACAGGAGACAGAAGUGUCAUUACCUUGCCGCAACUCUCUACCCUCCUCUAUCUUCACAGCAAAAAAAUAUUUAAUUUACAGGAGAUUUAAGCUUCUAUAUGACUAAAUUCAUAGAAACGUAAUUCGCUAAAUAACUGAUUUUUCGAUUUCGAUUUUUCGAUAUUUUUCGAUAGAAAUUAGAAUCAGAUAAAAUUUAGCCUUGGUUAUCGUCCAAAAGUGAUCAAUCAUUUCGAGUUAGUCACCUUGUGGUUUGAUUCUACUUUGAAAUUCGCUAAGCAACGGUGAAAUUUUCCUUACACAUUACUCUUGUUUUUGGGUGGAUUCGGUUUCUAUAAAAACUCAGAUGAUUUCACACUCAUAAUUCAGUAAGUGUUUUGUAUUUGCAUUUCUCAUAUAGCAAUGCAAUUGCAAUUUCUGUGCAAUCACCGAUUUUUGAACCUCAGAUUCGAAUGGAAGGCCUCAUAGAUUAUUUUUAAAUUUCAUAUAGAUCUGACUUCCGGUUCCGGUAUUACAGGGCGAUGAGUGAAAAAACUGCAAAUUCAAAAGUUUGCAUUCAUAGUAGAAAGUGUAAAAUUGAUCUAAUUUUUCCAAAAUAGUAAACUAAUUCCUCUAGUGAACCGGUCUUGAAAGUUGAAGACCACAAAAACUUACAUAGGACAUUCCAGUUCCCGAAAUCCGCUUCCGGAAGUACCAGAAAUAAUGAUCCAAAACUGGAAAAACCAGUUUUCAAAAACUUACCCUUAAACAAAAGGGAUUAUGGUCCCAUAGAACGCUAUUGAAUUGCAUUCGGAUCCGAGAACCGGUUCUGGAACUAAAGUAAGGUAAAGUGAUUUUAAAAGUGCUAACCUUCAUUCAGAGCGACGAUGCAAAAUAGGCAAAAAAUCUUCUAAAUUCUAAAUGAAUUAUUGUUUGAAACUCAAUCGUACAAGCCACUUUGAUAAACUGGUUGCACUGCAUAUAUGAAUACAUAGAUCUAUGCCAUACGUACCAAAUAACAUGUACGUAAUAGAAAAAUUACCAACACAACUUAACUUGGUUUACUCUUGAUCCUUAAUCCAACGGUAUCGAAUUAUCCAAGUUGUCACUUCCAGUCCAAGCGCCUUUUUGAUUGGUUAUCCGUUUUCUUCCUCGUGUUUGUGAUUCCCGUUGUGCGUUUGUGAUCAUAUUCUAUGAGCAGCCAAGAGGUUCUGCGAUUUCUUUAAAAGUUUCACCAUCAUUUCUUAAGUUUUUGUAUAAGACGCCUGUCAACGGAGACACAAUUUCUAUUUCGGCCCAUUGUCUGUCUACAAAAAAAAAACUUUGCACCAUUUCCUGAAAUAUAUGUUCAGCAGUUUCAAAUACUUACUUUUCCUUACAAACAAUCGUAAAUCAAUUGACAAUUUUCAUAAAAAAAAACAAAGUUAUCAUUUUUUCCACUGAGAUGCUGACCUUCACCAGUUAAACAUUUUUCUCGCGCUCGAACUACACUGAUAAAAAUUUGCACGAUCGAUUCAUAUGUAAACACCACUACAAUUUAAUAUGCUUUCUCAUAUCAAUACAUAACCAAAACGAUUUGUUUUAAAAUUUCAUGUGCAAAUUCACUAAGACGCAAGAUUAGAUUAUUUUUCAUUAUUGAUUGAAGUGUUUUGCUAUUGAAUCGAACUACAUAUGUUUAUGUUUUCUAUCUAGUGGGAAUGAGUACAGCACAAAUGUAUGUGCCAAACACUUGAAUCGGUCAACUCUGUUUCAAUCAGAGAUGCCAGAUAUUAUCAUAAAAAAUCUGUAUUUAUCUGUAU